GUGAAACUUUGAAUCAUGAAUACCGUUACCUGUAUAGCACCUGUUAAUAUUGCUGUAGUAAAAUAUUGGGGAAAACGAGAUGAAACACUGAUAUUACCAGCAAAUGAUUCUAUAAGUGCCACUCUAGAUACAGCUCAUCUAUGUGCAAAAACCACUAUUAUGGCUGCUCCACAUUUCAAAGAAGAUCGUAUAUGGUUAAAUGGAAAGGAAGAAGACAUCAGAAUUCCUAGAUUGCAAAACUGUUUAGCUGAAAUUAGAAAACGUGCAGGACUUUCCACUACUUUAGGUCAAUGGAAAGUUCAUAUUUGUUCAAAGAACAAUUUUCCAACUGCAGCUGGUUUAGCCUCCAGUGCAGCAGGAUAUGCUUGUCUUGUUGCUGCUUUAGCAAAGAUAUAUGAAGUACAGGGUGAUAUUAGCUCGAUUGCUCGUGUUGGCUCUGGUUCAGCAUGUCGUAGUGUUAUGGGAGGUUUUGUAAGAUGGCAUAUGGGUUCUGACCCAAAUGGAAGUGAUAGUGUAGCAAAGCAGAUUGUACCUGCCACCCACUGGCCAGAAAUGAGAGUCUUAAUAUUAGUCGUAAAUGAUGUACAGAAAAAAGUAUCUAGUGCAAUUGGAAUGAAAAGAGGUAUGGAAACAUCAGAGCUAUUAAAAUAUAGGGUAAAACAUAUUGUGCCCAAAGUAGCAAAUAAAAUGGAACAGGCGAUAAUUGAAAAAGAUUUUAAAACAUUUGCUGAACUCACAAUGAAGGAUUCUAAUCAGUUUCAUGCAGUUGUAUUGGAUACAUAUCCACCAUGUGUUUACAUGAAUGACAUUUCACACACAAUUGUUGAUCUGAUACAUUCUUAUAAUAAUGCUGUUAAUGAUGUAAAGGUUGCAUAUACAUAUGAUGCAGGGCCGAAUGCUACUUUAUAUCUUCUGGAAAAAGAUGUACCAGAAGUCAUGAGCAUACUAGAUCAUUUUUUCCCACCAUUACAAGAUAAUUUAGUAGAAUAUAGAAAGGGAUUGUCUAUUGAAACAAUUAAACCUUCAGAAAACUUGUUGGGUAAGAUAAACAUUCAAAAACAAGUACCUGGAUGUUUUAAAUAUAUUAUUUAUACACAGGUUGGUGAUGGUCCUCGAUAUCUUAAGGAUCCCAAAGAUCAUCUGUUAAAUAAUAAUGGAUUACCUGUUGACCAUAUUUAA